AUGGGUAAUUUAAAUGCUCAACAAGAAUUUGAAAUAAAUACACUGAUUGACAAAUAUAAAUCGAGUUUUGCGAAGGAUAAAUACGACAUUGGAACAGUUAGAGACUAUGAAGCACAUAUCGACCUCCUAACGGACAAAUACUGUAGUAAAAGGCCCUAUAGAUGUUCAAUGGAGGACAAAAAAGAGAUAGAAGAACAGGUGGCAAAAUUACUUCAAAAAAAUCUUAUAGAAGAAUCAUACAGCCCGUUUGCAGCACCAGUAACUUUAGCUUUUAAGAAAGAAGAUAAUAAAAGAAACAGAUUAUGUAUUGAUUUCAGAGAUCUCAACAAAAUAGUAACACCACAAGCUCAACCAUUCCCGUUAAUUGAAGACUUGGUAAUAAAAACAAGAAACUUUAAGUACUUCUCAACAUUAGAUAUUAACUCUGCAUUUUGGUCCAUCCCACUGCGAAUUGAAGACAGAAAAAAAAACAGCUUUUGUUACACAAGAAGGCCACUUUCAAUGGACGUGUCUACCCUUCGGCUUGAAAACCUCUCCCGCAAUAUUUCAAAGAAUCUGUACUGA